AAGUCUGUACUUGGCGAAAUGCAAACCUAUCAUGAUUGAAUUAAUAGUUUCUCCCCCAGCUGCAUUUAUAGAUGAACAUCAAAGUAUAUAUAUUAACGGACUAAACAGGAAUGCCAAAAUUACAAUACGAGUGUUUGUGAACGAACGAGGACGGAAGUUUGAGUCGCAUGCCCAUUUUUUUGCCAGCGAUGGGACUGUGUACCUCGAAAAGCACCCGUCUGUUAGCGGUAGCUAUAUAGGUGUCGUGCCAAUGGGUUUGUUCACCCACAUGCACCCUUCUCCGGGACAACGAUCUGGAAUUCGGUUGGUGAAGAAAGAUGUAACAUCUCCACUUGAGUUUGAUUUGACAGUUUAUGAAGGAUUUCUGUCAAAAGAAGAUUUCUAUUCUGAAACAGCCAAACACAUUGAACUUGCAAAAACCACUUUAGAGAGGUGGUAUAUGGCAAGGGAUGUUGAGAGGUUAGAAAUUAAAAGUGGCAACAUACGAGGAACAUUGUUCAAACCUAAAGGUGAUGGUCAGUUUCCAGGUAUUAUUGAUAUGUUUGGAUCGGCUGGUGGUAUUAUGGAAUUUCGUGCUGCUUUGUUCUCCUCCUAUGGCUUUGCUUGUCUUUCUUUAGCUUUCUUUUCCUACAAAGAUUUGCCAAAUGCAUUGCCUUCAGUAGAUAUGCUUUACUUUGAGGAAGCAGUUGAUUGGUUGAUUAAUGAACCAUAUGUGUUAGGUCAUGGUAUUGGGGUCAUUUCUGUUUCCACUGGUGCCCAAACUGCCUUAAUGAUGACCGUUAUUAGUGGACCAAAGAUCAAAGCUUGUGUAAUCAUCAAUGGGCCUCCAUACCACACCUCAUAUGGACCAUCAAGACUAUACAAGGGAAAGGAAAAAUCAUCCAUAGAGUUGAACCUUGACAACGCCUACAUGAAGGAUGACAUAAUGUUUUUGAGAAACUGUUUUCCAAGUGAAUCACCUGAUCAGUAUAGACAUGCACUAAUUAAUUUAGAAGACUCGGUUUCUAAUUUCCUCUUUGUGGUUGGAGAAGAUGAUCAAAGCUGCCCUAGUCCCGAAUUUGCAUCCAUAGCUUGUGAUCACCUGUGUAACCAUGGGAAAGAUAAUUGGACGUUGCUAAGCUACCCCAGAGCAGGACAUCUCAUCGAGCCGCCAUACACACCAUUAUGCAAAACUUCCUUUCAACCAAAUCUAGGAUAUAUUUCAUUCUAUGGAGGACAUCCAGAUGAACAUGCUGCAGCUCAAGAAGAUUCAUGGAGGAACAUCCUAAUAUUCUUCAAGAAACAUCUGGAUAAAAAUAAUAUGAUAGUUCAAAGGUCACCUUUUCUUGAAAAAAUUAGUGUUCGAAGUAAACUAUGAAGUUUAAGAGGGAAGGGGAAUAAUAAAAUUGCCAUAUCCCCUUUUCUCCCCUAAAACAUCUUAGAGUUGUCAAGUACACCUUGGCACUGCCACUACAGGAGAGAGAGUUAGUGAGAGAGAUGUUAGAGAUUGCACGUUUGGAAUUUUUGCCUCCAAAAUUUGGGAGGGAAGGGGAAACCAUGUGUACUGUAGGUCCCCCAAUUACCAAUAUUGAUUUUACAUUUUGUUCCCCACUAUUCCCAGUGGCAAAUCCAGGAAUUCGAAAAAGAGGAGGCCUGGGAGGAAUUUUCCCAGAUGGGGGUCUAGACUAACCUCAGCCCACAAUGAUUGGGGCUAAAAUUUAUGAUUAAGGCACCUCUAGAUGGCUGGAAAUGGCACUCCCAGACUUAAUUUUUAAUAUAAUAUUCCGUUUUUUUUCUCUCCAUUUUUUUGUUGUUUUGAAACAUUUAGGGAGGGGAGCUCAGGCCGGCUGGGCUCACCCUUGAAUCCGCCACUGUUUCCCAUUCCACUUAUUUAUGGCAUAGUAUUCUCUUCAUUUUUGUACAAUAUUUUUAUUUUAGAAAUAAUGUACUUAAAAUUUCAAUAUCAGUACUUAUGUGGAAGAAUGGAUAAAUUAGGAAUGCAUUUUGAAGUUAUAUAGGAUAUGUGAUAAUAAUUUUUAAAGAAAUUGAAUUCUGAAAAUAUUUGAUGUAUUAUUAAAAUUAAGCCUUAUAUAAUAAUAAAUUUGAAGAACAUA